CCCCACACACGGUUUACGUGAUCAGCCUAUUUUGUAAGCAGUGUCAGACUGCUUUGACUUUUACUCGGGUAUCUCUGAAUUUCAAAUGGAUUUGACAUUCUCUCUCAUUGUACUGUUUGCAUACAUACACUACGUUUAUUCCGCAAGCGAGACACUACAACCCACACAUAACUCUACUUUGCUGGCACUCGUGUAUCAUACCCGGAAUGAACCGACAAGAAACAGCUCUGUCGCCUACAUCUCUCAUCAUGACGAGAGACACCGUCUCCAGUUUGUUUACACCGUCCUCACCAAACCUGAUGGGUUCUCCGGUCCUGUGUUCAGUGCAGUGGGUCUGUAUGACGACAGACGGAUCUCUCACUACAGUAAUGAAGAACAAACCUGGAAAAGAGACAGUUCAGAUGCAGAAAUCUGGAGAUAUACCGAAGAACCUCGUGAUUCUAGAAACGGGUUUAUAAAUCUGGUUAACACUCUGACAAACUGCACAAGCUCCAGAUGUGAUGGCCUCCAUACUCUACAGAAGAGAAUCGGCUGUGAGGUGGAAAAACAUCCAGAUGGAUCAGUAAUGAAUGUGAAUGCAUUUAAUGAGUAUGGAUAUGCUGGAGAGGAUUUUAUUGCCUUUGAUACUGACACAAUGCAAUGGAAGGAUAAAAGUCCAAAGGCAAAAGAAACAAAAAUGAAAUGGGACACUGAGAGAAAUCGCAAUCAUUAUCUCCAGUCAUACCUCAACAACUGCAUGGACAGGAUCUCCACAUUUAAUGCAUCGAUAAGCACUCCUCCAGCUCUUUACAUGUUUGCAUCUAAAGUUCCUCGUGACCAAAGCAAACUGAUUCUGACCUGUUUGGCCACUGGUUUCCACCCCAAACACAUACAGAUGAACAUCACACUAAACAACAUCACACUCCAACCAUUCAGCUCUACUGGAGUCAGACCCAACAAUAACCAGACCUUUCAGAUGAGAACCAGUGUGGAGAUAAACAGAGAUGAGAAACAGAGUUAUGAGUGUCACGCCCUUCACAGCAGUCAGAUAUUUACAACAUUAUGGGAUGGAAAUCUGGAAUAUAGGCAGCAACAUUGGGCAGCAGUAGCUGCAGGUGCUUUUGGAAUUAUGGUUCUUUGCAUCAUGUCAUUAAUCUACAAAAGCAGAAGGUUAAAUGGCUAGAUGAACUAUAAUAGUUCCACCACAGAAAAUCGUGAGAUCAUCAACUCAGGGUCAGUGGAUCUCCUGCAAGUGAAAGAAUCAUGAGAGAAGUGAAUCAGAUACACACUGGUGCAGAUGAUUGAAAUUCCAGUGCCUGGUUUAUGGCAGGAGCCCCUCCCUGACCACAAUAUCAGACAAAGGUUUGGUACAUUUUGUUUGGAUCUUGGUGGACUAACAUAAGCAAACUGUCCAACACCAUCAGAUAAAGAUGCCAGGACAACAGCCAGACACCUCGUAGAGGGCAAGAAGCAGACCUUUGGUACAAAGCCCAGGAAGGACAGAACUUCCUCUUGGUCAAACUGCAGUUCCUGCCCUUCACGUAUUCGUAUACGUAUUCCUAGUGACAGCGAUGUGUAGUGCAACAUUUUUACACAAACUCUGUAAAUGGAUAAAUUAAUGCAUGCAUGCAGUUCAAUCUUUUCCUAUUAUGUUUGGACUUAAUGUGUUUGUAUCAUUGCCAAAUGCAUUCUGGUUGUGGUUUAGAAAGUGAGAAACGCACCAGAAAAACUUUAAUGACACUUCUAACUUUUUGUUUGGACUAUGCAAAUAAGUUCCACAUGAGGAAAGAUGGAACCACUCUGAUGGAACCAGCCAAUCACAGCACUAAAAUAGAGAUGCGCCAAAUGUGCUGGAGAGUUAGCGGGAGUAUUUACAAGCAUUUUUAACCUGUCUUUAUCACAGGCAAGAGUUCCUAAGUGCUUGAAGUCUGCAAUUAUUGUUCCAGUACCAAAGAAAACAAACAUCUGCACCUUGAAUGAUUAUCGUCCAGUUGCAUUAACUCCAGUAUUAAUGAAGUGUUUUGAAAGACUGAUUCUCUCACACAUUAAGACUGCUGUUCCCACUUCUCUGGACCCAUAUCAGUUCGCAUAUAGAGCCAACAGAUCUACAGAGGAUGCCAUCGCAUUGACUGUUCACUCUAUCUUGUCCCAUUUGGACAGACAUGGCACAUAUGCAAGAUUGUUAUUUGUUGAUUUUAGCUCUGCUUUUAAUUCUGUUAUUCCCAGAAUGUGUAUUCUUAAACUUCAUGAUUUAGGACUCAUUUAGGGUUCUUUACUAUGUAAUUGGAUACUGAAA